AUGUAUGUCGUGUACUGGUGCCGAGUCAAUGCAUUUCAGGACACACUUUAUGCUCACUCGGGUAGACAAUUCUACCGUGAAUUUUAUAUAACCGGAUGGUUUAUAAGCGGCAAUGCAGCAGCAGUCUUCCAGUUCUGCCAAAUUGAGGCGAGAAAACCGUUGGUAGGACAAAGCAACAUGAUUACAGCUCAAAAACGUGAGGACAACCACCAAAAAUUAGGAUUUUCCAUCCACAAGUGUAAUGUAAUGGCAACGUUGGAUCUCACUCCACUCAAAGGAAUGGUAAAAACUUAUAUGGGACGACCAUGGGAUGUUCUCUUAAGGGUGGUGUUUAUGGAAUCAUUUCUCGAUGACCUCAUUGAUUCUGCUGGUUGGUUUCCAUGGAAUGAUGAUAAAGCACUACUGUCUACCUUGUUUUAUGGUGAAAAUGAAAACAAAGGUCCAGGAGCUGAUACAAAAAAUAGAGUCAACUGGGAGGGAUUUAAUAUAAUAACGGAUCCAAACGAAGAGGCCAAAUUUACGGUGGGAACACUUCUUUCCAGAGUUGAGUGGCUUAAACUCCACAUGUUCCAUAUGAAGAACUUUAGUUACUUAUGUAAUGUUGUUAAUUAA